AUGGAUCUGUGGACCGCCACCCAUGGCUAUUACAAAGACCAUUUCUCCUGCAUGCCCGCCCAUUUCCGAACCCGGAAUCGCGGAAUGACGCCGAGCUCCAUUAGUCCGGACUCAAGAUGGCCAAUCAACAACAUUGCCGAUCGGGGUGUCUUUGAUUCGGGUCUAGCCGCGCCCUCGCCUCGGCCCCAUCCUGUAUCUGGAACUAUUGGCGUCUCGCGCUGGAGUCGAGCAUCCACUUUGCAAGGAACCCCUCGCCCAAGCCUUCACCAACAAGCUCACCGAGGGGUUCCCCAGCUAUCACUGCUCCAGUUGUCUCCAAGGUCGAGACGAACCUCUCGGUCGAUCAGUUCCUGCUUCUCCGCCUCCGUCCCACGUGGAAAACCGAGUCGUCGCCAGUCGAAGACAGGAUCACCCGUCGAGCCAUCCUCUACAUGUACCCCCCAGAAGAAGAACGAAGAACACCAGAACACCAAGUCCCAUCGCAUCACGAUUCACCUCCCCACCAAGCCACCGACAACCCCCGCCAUGGCAGCCACCACGACGAUUGACGUCCCACACCUGGGCGGGAUCAAAGCAGGGUACGCGCUCUCGGGCGGCGUGUACGACCCGUCCAAACCCACCUGCGUGCUGAUCAACUCCAUGUGCACGACGGUAUCGCUCUACCGGCCGCAAUUCUCCGACGCCAGCCUCACGGACGCGCUCAACCUGCUCGCGAUCGAGCCGCUGGGCCACGGCGCGACCCGCUGCGCCACCGAGCACUUCACCUACUGGGACACGGCCGUCAUGGCGCUGCAGGUCAUGGACAAGCUGGGCGUGGACAAGGCGUUCGCGCUCGGUACCAGCCAGGGCGGCUGGAUGGUCGCGCGCAUGGCGCUGCUUGCGCCCGAGCGUAUACAGGGCCUGGUGUUGCUGGGUACGUCGAUGGAUUAUGAGUCGGCGGAUUCGAGGAGUAAGGGGUGCUGGGACCCGAAGACGCUGCUGGAGCCGUUUUAUGAGAAGUGGUGCAGUCCGGUUCCGACGCCCGAGUUUGUGGUGGAUGAUGUGUGGUGUGGGAUGGUGGCGUCGCUGGGGUUUGGGGCCGGUGGUACGGCUGAGAUGGUUGCGUUCUGGACCGAGACGCUGAAGGGGGUGUAUACCGGUGACGAGGGCAGGAAGAAGCUUAAGAUGGCGCUCGCCUGCCUGCUGGACAGGGAUGGGCUCUGCCGUAGGCUAAUAAGGCCAAAGGGAACUGAGGACGCGCCGUUCAGCACGACGGUCCCCGCGGAGCAGAUCAAGCUGUUCACUUCCUCUAAGGAGGCCACUCUCACCAUAAUCCAGGGCGGCCACCACUACUUGAAUGCAACAAACCCCAAGGAGGUCGGCGCCAGUCUGCUCCAGAUGGUCAACAAAUACAAAUGA